CAACGAGCAAAUGAGUACGUCCCCCACGAAAAGCAUUCUUCAUUUCCAUUCUCACACUUUGAACAGGUUCCUUCCUCCGAGACCUCCGCAGCAACCGUCCAACCCGUCCCGUCGGCUCUCGUCCUCCCCCGGCACACUUCAGCACCUGGUCCAGCAGGUCGCCGUCCAAGUUCACCGAAAGCCCAGCUGUAUCCCCCUUUACCCAAUCCACCUUCAAAGAGGCGGGCGUCGAGCCGGAAAACGCGCCGCCUAAGAAGAUAGGAGUGUCGGAAACGGAGAAGUCGCCAUCGCAUCAGAGAGCUAAUUCAGAUAUGAGUAUAGACGAGGUGUUGGCGACGACACAAAGGGGGAGGGCACUCGUUCAACCGCGCCGUGGCCGCGAUGCAUCUACCUCGUCCAUGGCACGGGAACGGACGCCGAGUAUACAGUAUCGAGAAGAUGCACGGAGACAGAGGGAACGCGAGGAGGCGCGCGAGGUCAGACGUGCCAUGGAAGAGCUGGAUGGAAACGACGAGAAUCGAAUCUAUACAGCGGCCAGGGACGAGGCUGCCGAGCUGGUGUGGAAGCAUCGGAACCCGAAUGCCAAGGAGAACGAGCCGCAUGCGCCGUAUGCGUAUCCGGGACUGGGGAAGAGCUCGAGUCAGGGCAGGAGUCGGAGUCUACCGAGGGGAGAUGAGGACCUGCAGCGCAAAAACUCGAAACUGAGGAAGAGGAGUUCCAUGGGGAGUUCGACGGGAAGUUCGAUGGCGGGAAGCCGGAGUAGUAGUCUCCAGAGCCAUCGUACGCCUAGUGGGUCUUCGGUCACGGCGAAUGCAGGAUUCAGCACUUCUCCUAUCAAGGAUAGUUUCUUCCCCGGCGAUAAGAAGCAGGGAUCCGAAGUCACUGUCUCCAAGACCGCUUCCAAUCCCGCUGACGUCCCCCAGCGGAGACAAAGUAGCGGUUCCAGGAGGAAGGUCAGUGCAAGCUUGCUCAACGAUCCCAACGACAAGAUAUACGAAGAGCCUGAGGAAGAGUACACGGCGUCCGCCCCCGCUUCUACUGGUGUCGUGGCGCCUACUCCGGCUCCGGCUCCAGCAUCUGCGCUCAGUCCCGCCGAACCUUCGACCUUGAACAAGCUUCCCCUGUCAAUCAGGCGUAACCCCUUUAGCCGGGUCCAAUUUGCAAAGGGCAACCUGCUCGGGAGAUCGAACACCGACCCCACCAUGGGCAUGAAGCAGCGAUUCGAUCGUGUUGAGAUCCAGAACAAUCCGCCCACACAAUCCCGCAAUGCCGCUUAUACCACGAAUGCAGCUGCUCCAACUAAGCCCAAACCCAACGCGAACUCUGAAUCGGAUAUUGAGAACGAGCCCGAAGUCAAGAUGAAGGAUGGCAAGGAGAUACGGAGCGAGGAGCUUCGUGCCGCCACUGGCUUUAAGCUCAAGGACAGGAGCCCGAAGCUACCCACGCCCACUGUGGUUUCUGACAGCCCUGGCCGGCCCAUUGUGUCUUUCCAAAAGGACUGGAAACCAAAAGAAGUCGAGCUCAAGCAAGAAAUCUCCCUAGUGGAUGCGAAGCCCAAGCCAGUGGACGAGAGCCCAAGCCAGCCUCGCCCGCUGGCCAAAAAUGUCCCAGCGCCUCCUAUUCCCACCAUCGAUGUCCAUGAGGAAUCGCCCCAGAAAGAGGGUACAGCGACUGCUCCCUCUAAGCCUUCCAUGGUAUCAGGCCCGAAAUCGCCUUUUGCGAGAAGGGCUCAGGCUCCUGCCGCUAAGGUUUCUGGAGAGCCUGCAGCUGGACCUCUUUCCAGCAUUGGCAUGUCAAGGAAAGUCAACUCUCCUGAACCCAGUUCGGCUGCUGUACCAACUAUAAGCGUUUCCCAGGCCCCUUCGUCGGGCUCUAGGCCAUCUCCCAUGCCUCCGGUUCCCACAAUCUCAGUCAAUGAGCCUGCUAGCAUCCGCGUCACCCCCUCCAGUUCGGGUGCGGCCGUGACGCCGCCACCGAUAUCUGUACCACCAUCUAUCCCGACCAUCUCAGUCAACGAGCCAGCAGCGCCGGCGCCGAAGAUGAAUACUCCCUCCAUCUCGGUGACGCCAUCAAUCCCAACCAUCAACGUCAAUGGCCCAGGGGCUUCCAGCAGGCCACUGCCAACCCCCACGCGAUCAGCAGGACGAGGCAGCGCGAAGUCGUUGUACGGGAAUGGUACCCUGAACAACCAGUCGCACUGGACGCCCACAAGUGUCCGCUCAGGCGCUCUAUGCACACACUGCGCGCUCCCCAUCUCGGGACGCAUCGUCUCCGCCGCGGGCUGCCGCUUCCACCCCGAGUGCUUCCGCUGCCACCAUUGCGGCGAACAUCUCGAAUGCGUAGCCUUCUACCCGGAACCAGAUAGCAAGUACGCCGAGCGCGUGGCACGCAUCCGGGCCAGGAUGCGCGGCGAGGAUAUCGAGUGCCUCCCCACACACCCCACGCACGAAGACAUGGUGCGUCUCGAGCAGGAAGACGGCGACGAAAGCCCACGCUUCUUCUGCCACCUGGAUUACCACGAAUUGUUCUCGCCGCGCUGUAAGAGCUGCAAGACGCCGAUUGAGGGCGAAGUUGUCGUGGCGUGUGGGGCCGAGUGGCAUGUUGGGCACUUCUUCUGCGCGCAGUGCGGGGAUCCGUUCGACUCGACGACGCCGUUUGUGGAGAAGGAUGGGUAUGCAUGGUGUGUCGGGUGCCAUACGAACCGGUACUCGCCCAAGUGUAGGAAGUGCAAGAAACCGGUUACGGAUAUGGUGGUGAAGGCGUUGGGGGCGGAGUGGCAUGUGGGCUGUUUUUGUUGUGUGGAAUGUUCGGGCGCCUUUGACGAUGGGAGGUACUUCCUGCGCGGGGAGAGCCAGGAUCCCGUGUGUGUCAAGUGUGAGGAGCGGAGGCUGAAGGCUUAGUGAUCUGAAUGAAUGGCUCCCAGAUGCUCGAAGACGGGAGGAGGGAUGAAGGAAGUUGCAUCUAACGUGGCUACGAACGUACAUGAUGUUUGCAGUAUUGCAAAUGGCACGAAACAUAUGCUCUGGAGUGAAGGAUAGCACGUCAACCUUGUCUAUCUUGUUGCUUGCA